AGGGUGACGGCCCAGCGGAGCCAGGAGGAUGCUGAGGAGGUGGAGCGGGAGCGGAGGAGGAGAGCCAGGGAGAUUGAGAGAGGAGAGGGAGGCCCGUCCUGGCCCGAGCCCACCCAUCACCAUGACGACACACACAGGACGCAGUUGGACGAGGAGCUGAAGCCGCGGUGCUGCCUGGUUCUGGAGGAGGACGAGGGCUUCAGCGACUGGAGUCACCGGUUGGAGAAUCGUAACGAGCAGGAGGCGCGGGACAACUGUCGAGUCAGGGAGCGGACAGCCAGCACCGCACCACGGUGGAAACCAGGACCUGAAGAGGAGAAACAGGAUGAAGACGAGGGACGAGAGCUGGAAAGACGCAGUCGGCCUCAGAAAGCUUCAACAAGGCCUGAAGAGAAGACGUCAUGCAGCAAAAAGGAAGUCAGGACGUCGUACAGCUCGUCGGUGUUUCUGCCGCAGGACGCCAGACUGCAGCACGGCGCCGGACAUCCGGCAGACAGGGCCUCCUACCUGGCUGCAGGGACCAUGAGGCCACGCGGAGCGGCCUGCAGGGUGGAUGGGGAGGUGGAACAGGAGGAGCUGAGGGACGAGGAGGAGGAGGAGGAGGAGGAAGAUGCGCAGCUCGCUCUGCAGAAGGAGCAGAGGUCAGCGGACACCAGACAGAGCUACGGAGAAGAAGAAGAUCAGGAGGAAGAAGAGCUGAGCUUCACACGUGAAGAGACGGACGUCCUUCACCUCAGGAGGGAGCAGAGAAACAGAGAGGAGGAGGAGGAGGAGGAGGAGGAGGAAGAGCACAAGACACCAAACAAGAGAUCAGUGGAAAACAUGAGGAGCGAGGAGGUGAACAGAAGAUCAGCGAGUUCUCUCUGCAGCGAAGGCGAGGAGCCGUUAAACUACGGCCCCAUGAGCCCGACAUUCAAGAAACUCCUCAUACAGUUUUACCCAGAUGAAAUCAACAGCAGAGUCUCAACAGACGGGAAAUGCACAAUCAUCGAGAGAACUGAGUCUCUGAGGAGGAGCACCAACAGCAUAAAGAAGACGUCGCCCCCUGUCGCUGUUUCCAAGAUUGACAAGAAGCUGGAGCUGUACACGCAAGCUCUGGAGCUCUCCUCAAAGGAGGGAAGAUUAGGAGCUCAGCUUCUCGCAGACCUGACGAGUCCGACCGAACCCGUCGCUGCCAAGAAGAACCUGUUCGAGGCCGGAGACGCCUGGAACCAGAACAUCUCAGUCACAGCCUCCAAGGAUGCGGAUGGUUUAAAAGUGGGUGUGUCUGAUCUCAUCAAUCAGUGGGUGAGAGGAGGUGAAGAUGGGAGCAGGUGCAGCUCGCCCUCCAAACCUGCAGAAAUCAAACCUGGAGGAGUUUUAAACAAGAAGAAUCUGUGGGAGAGUUUUGGUGACACAUCAUCUCCAGGACGAGACGGGAAGGAAAGCUCAUCUGGUAAAAAGUACAAGUUUGUGGUGACCAGUCACGGGAAGUACCAGAAGGUUUCUGCUGACGACGGCGGCAGUGAAGAUGUGAAAUGUCUGUCAGCUGGAGAGUUCUAUGAGGAUUUGUGAAACACAUGUUGGACUUUUUCAUGGAAGAAAAAAAAAAUGUCUACCGACUAUCACUUCAACGUUCUCCGUGUUUCAAGCUUCAAGUUGGAAAUCCUCUUAAAUCCCGUUGUGAUCCCAAACCUCCUUAGACACUCAUGUUAUCAUUUUACAAGCUAUUGAAGCUAUAAGUGAGUCUCUUCUCUGUUUAUUAUGGACAUGUUUUCUUUUACUCCUGUGAAUAUUCGCUCUCUCUCUCU